CCACGUCUUAUAGGGCGGAUGUUUCUAAGCAGUCAGAUGACUGACGAAACUGUUCUUGUGGAGCAGUACCAAAAUCUACCAUCGCUGGGCUGAGCUAGCAACUACUCCAGCGCCGGCCCCGCCAUAGUCUUGAAUGGAGGAACGGGAGAAGUAAGUAGGAGGGAGGGAAGAAGGUACAACGUCGCGAGAGGAAAAAGUGCAGCCUUGUCGCCGUGCUGCCCCCCUUUUGAUCCGCCACCCUCCAUCUUCACCAACCGCGGCGGCGGCCAGAAGCGCGAGGCCGAGACAGAUUCCUUUGACUGCUCUGCCGCCAUCAUCGGGACGAAUUGAUCCGGCGAGCCCUUUAUCUGCCACCAAGAUUCCCAAUUGCCUUUCCGCGUCUCUUCCACGCCCGGCCCAGCCGGUUGAUGCCCCCCUGAUAUCCGUCGCCAUCGGCUUUCAUUCCUUUGGGACAAGCUGGUUCUUCGGGUUGAGGAGGACCGGAGCCCUACCGACACCACCGUAGGCUAGCAACCCCUCCCGGGGACGAGCCGAGGCGAUGAGCAACAAGGGCGGCGGCGUGCGGUCGCAAUGCGCGGAGGCGACGGCGGCGGAUUGGGGCUGCUGCUUCCUCUCCCUCUCCCUGCCGCCACCCGCACCUGCGCCGCCCUGUGAUGCAGAUACCAAUGGUGGAUUCAACCUGGCAUGGACCCUCCACCAGUCCUUCCACCCACCCGCCGGUCUCUUCGCCAGCGUCGGCCACAAGGUCGGGGUGGGCUUCCCGGCCUCCUCCUCUGGCGCCGCAUCGUCGGAAAACCUCCAAGACCCGUACAGAAAGUACGUUUCACCGGAGGCCGUCGAAACAUCCCUGCCGGUGCCGGGUGACGGAGCGGGGCUGCGGGGGAAGGGGAAGAAGAAAGCGGUGAGGAUCAAGAUUAAGGUUGGGAAUUCCCACCUCAAGAGGCUCAUCAGCGGGGGGUUAGCAGGAGCAGUGUCAAGGACAGUCGUUGCGCCUUUGGAGACGAUUAGGACACAUUUGAUGGUCGGCAGUAAUGGGAAUUCAUCCACGGAGGUGUUUGAGUCUAUCAUGAAGAAUGAAGGAUGGACCGGGUUGUUCCGCGGCAAUUUUGUUAAUGUCAUUCGAGUCGCCCCGAGCAAAGCAAUCGAGCUCUUUGCCUUUGAUACAGCUAAGAAGUUCCUAACCCCCAAAUCUGGGGAAGAACAGAAGAUCCCAAUCCCUCCUUCACUAGUGGCAGGGGCUUUUGCUGGUUUCAGCUCAACUCUCUGUACAUACCCUCUGGAACUAAUUAAGACCCGAUUAACCAUACAGAGAGGUGUGUAUGAUAACUUCCUGCAUGCAUUUGUAAAAAUCGUCCGUGAAGAAGGCCCUACUGAGCUGUAUAGAGGCUUAACCCCAAGUCUAAUCGGAGUGGUGCCAUAUGCAGCGACCAACUACUUUGCGUAUGACACCCUUAAGAAGGUGUACAAGAAAAUGUUCAAGACAAAUGAAAUUGGCAAUGUUCCAACCCUGCUCAUUGGGUCUGCUGCAGGAGCCAUCUCAAGCACUGCCACAUUUCCUCUGGAGGUUGCCCGCAAGCACAUGCAAGUCGGCGCUGUUAGCGGUCGAAAGGUAUACAAGAACAUGCUUCAUGCUCUCCUGACCAUUCUCGAGGAUGAAGGGGCUGGGGGCCUCUACAGAGGGCUGGGGCCUAGUUGCAUGAAGCUGGUGCCUGCUGCUGGGAUUUCAUUUAUGUGCUACGAAGCUUGCAAGAAGAUACUGAUUGAGGAAAAGGACGAGUGAAAUGUUCCUCAACGACGGCGCCAUAAAAGGGUAGUGACUUGAAUUUUAUUUGCUGGUCGUAUUAUGGAUCUGAUCCUGGGGCCUUCCUCCCAGGAUACCAGAGCUCGGUUUCGUGACAGACAGUGGGGAAACUUUUGGUCUUCUUUGAAUGAAGUUACCUGACUAAGCUCAAUAACUGUAGCUACAAGAUUUCAAACUCUUUCUGUA